UGACUUCCGUUGAAAGAAGGGGAUUGUCGUAUUAACACCGUCAAUUCCACCGAUAGAGAAUGAAAUGAAAUGGAUGAUGGCUCACUAUAUAUAACCAUUUACCAACUAAGGAACACACGCAUUUUUUCGAUUAAAACCCAAAAACUCCCCUAAAUUAGUGGGUUAUCAUUCAUAAAUCUUAAUUUUUAGACACAAGAGAAACACAAGAACGCGAGAUCUUGUCAGAUCGGAGCUCAACAUCAGCCUAGAUUCUGCGUUAUGGGAAGGGAAGUCACCGGCAUACAAGUCAUGGACAAGAAGCCAAACGGUCUAGCUUCAAAUGGUAGUUUUGGCGAUAGAAUACGUGUUUCUCCCAAAAUUGCUAAAAUGGUUCAAGCAAUGGAUCAUGAGAUAAAGGAAUCUGCUGAAGGUAAUUCUUUUGUCGAGAAACAUCAGGAAAGAAAAGAUGUUUUGAAUACCAAAAGCACCAAAUUAAAUGCUGGUUUAUCUGAAGAGAAGAAUGAGAAAUCUGAAGAACCAAAGAUGGAAGGCGAUAAAGAAUUAACCUCACCCACUGCAAUAACAAUUCCUGUGGAUAAAGAGCAUACAAGCCCCUCUGCUCCCCAGCAAUCUGACCAGGCUACUGAAAAGCAUGUCACCCACACGCAGACUGUUGAUACUGAAGCUGUUGCAAAUGGUCAGGACUUGUCACCAAAUGCUAACAAUACACACUCACCAAAUACUAACAAUACACACUCACCAAAUUCCUCAAAGAACUCGCAGUCGAACUCACCUUUUUCAUCAAGGAAGCUCGCACAACAUGACAAGAAGCACCAUGAUGAUGAAGACAAUUGGUCGGUUGCUUCCUCUGUUGCAUCUACACGCAAGGUGACUGUAGGUACAGCGCCUACGUUUAGAAUCUAUGAACGUGCAGAGAAACGAAAGGAGUUCUAUAUGAAGUUAGAGGAGAAAAAUCGAGCCCUGGAAGAGGAAAGACUCCAGUAUGAGGCAAGGCGGAAGGAAGAGGAAGAAGCAGCCCUUAAGCAGUUGAGAAAGAGCUUGGUCAUUAAGGCAAAACCGGUUCCUAGCUUCUAUUAUGAGGGGCCUCCCCCUAAGACUGAACUCAAGAAGCAGCUUCCACUGACUCGCCCCAAGUCACCAAAACUAUCUCGGAGAAAGAGCCUUGGUGACGCUGUCAUCUCAUCUCCUGAAGUUUGCACUCGAGUACGUCACAGCAUUAGCAGUAACCCCAAAAGUGGGUUUGGUACCCCUGUCACUCAAAAAAACAAGGACCUGAGCAUGGGACGUAACAGCAAUGGCGCUUGUAAAACCAAAGAACGGACUAAAACGGUAAAAGAAACAAAAGCUUCUCCCCCUAAAGCCACGGAGCAGACAAAUGCGGACAUAUCAGUCCAAUAAUAAGCUUUCCAAAGAUAUUACUGACUUCCAGUUGAGAGGAAAAUAGCCUUCAACUUUCCCGGUCACACCAAAUGGGAUGCUUGCAGAAGGAUGGCCUUAUUUUCUUUUCAUCUGGACUGACAUUUUUAAGUGGCCUGUUUUUAACUUGAAGUGUAUAUGUUUUGUAUGUUAUAUUGGCACACAUUGUAUUAUCAUUUUAUUAUAUAUAUAAAUAGUUUAUUGAUGUAAAUUGUACGUACAAACUUUGAAAUGCCCCAGAUGGCUUCGGGACUUUGCAAGGGAAAUUUAUAUGAAAUUUCUAUUCUAAGAUCUGAAA